ACUUGCAGCCCAUCAUGUCCUUCGGCAGAGACAUGGAGCUGGAGCACUUUGAUGAGCGCGACAAGGCGCAGAGGUACAGCAGGGGGUCGCGGGUGAAUGGCCUGCCCAGCCCCACGCACAGUGCCCACUGCAGCUUCUACCGCACGCGCACACUGCAGACCCUCAGCUCCGAGAAGAAGGCCAAGAAAGUUCGCUUCUAUCGAAAUGGAGAUCGAUACUUCAAAGGGAUUGUGUAUGCCAUCUCCCCAGACCGCUUCCGAUCUUUUGAGGCCCUGCUGGCUGAUUUGACCCGAACUCUGUCGGAUAAUGUGAAUUUACCCCAGGGAGUGAGAACAAUCUACACCAUUGAUGGGCUUAGGAAGAUUUCCAGCCUGGACCAACUGGUGGAAGGAGAGAGUUAUGUCUGUGGCUCGAUUGAGCCCUUCAAGAAACUGGAGUACACCAAGAAUGUGAAUCCCAACUGGUCAGUGAACGUCAAGACCACUUCGGCUUCCCGGGCUGUGUCUUCACUGGCUACUGCCAAGGGAAGUACUGCAGAAGUGCGGGAGAAUAAGGAUUUCAUUCGGCCCAAGCUGGUCACUAUCAUCAGAAGUGGAGUGAAGCCACGGAAAGCUGUCAGGAUUCUGCUGAACAAGAAAACCGCUCAUUCCUUUGAGCAGGUCCUCACUGAUAUAACUGAUGCCAUCAAGCUGGACUCCGGUGUGGUGAAACGCUUGUACACUUUAGAUGGCAAACAGGUGAUGUGCCUUCAGGACUUUUUUGGUGACGAUGACAUUUUUAUUGCAUGUGGACCGGAGAAGUUCCGUUACCAGGAUGAUUUCUUGCUAGAUGAAAGUGAAUGUCGUGUGGUGAAAUCCACUUCUUACACCAAAAUAGCUUCAUCGUCCCGCAGGAGCACCACCAAGAGCCCAGGACCUUCCCGGCGCAGCAAAUCCCCUGCCUCCACCAGUUCAGUUAAUGGAACCCCUGGUAGCCAGCUCUCUACUCCACGCUCGGGCAAGUCUCCAAGCCCAUCACCCACCAGCCCAGGAAGCCUGCGGAAGCAGAGGAGCUCUCAACAUGGUGGCUCCUCUACUUCCCUGGCAUCCACCAAAGUCUGCAGCUCGAUGGAUGAGAAUGAUGGACCUGGGGAAGACGUGUCAGAGGAAGGCUUCCAGAUUCCAGCCACAAUAACAGAACGAUAUAAAGUCGGGAGGACAAUAGGAGAUGGAAAUUUUGCUGUUGUCAAGGAAUGUGUAGAAAGGUCGACUGCUAGGGAGUAUGCUCUGAAAAUUAUCAAGAAAAGCAAAUGUCGAGGCAAAGAGCACAUGAUCCAGAAUGAAGUAUCUAUUUUACGAAGAGUGAAGCACCCCAAUAUUGUUCUUCUGAUUGAGGAGAUGGAUGUGCCAACUGAGCUGUAUCUUGUCAUGGAAUUAGUAAAGGGCGGAGACCUCUUCGAUGCCAUUACUUCCACUAACAAAUACACGGAGCGCGAUGCCAGUGGGAUGCUGUACAACCUGGCCAGUGCCAUCAAAUACCUGCAUAGCCUGAACAUCGUCCACCGUGACAUCAAGCCAGAGAACCUGCUGGUAUAUGAGCAUCAAGAUGGCAGCAAAUCACUGAAGCUAGGUGACUUUGGACUGGCCACCAUUGUUGAUGGGCCCCUGUACACAGUCUGUGGCACCCCAACAUAUGUGGCUCCAGAAAUCAUUGCAGAAACUGGAUAUGGCCUCAAGGUGGACAUCUGGGCAGCUGGUGUAAUCACUUACAUCCUGCUGUGUGGGUUCCCUCCGUUUCGUGGAAGUGGUGAUGACCAGGAGGUGCUUUUUGAUCAGAUCUUGAUGGGGCAAGUGGACUUUCCUUCUCCAUACUGGGACAAUGUUUCUGAUUCUGCAAAGGAGCUCAUUACCAUGAUGCUAUUGGUCAAUGUGGAUCAGCGAUUUUCAGCUGUGCAGGUCCUUGAGCAUCCUUGGGUUAAUGAUGAUGGCCUCCCAGAAAAUGAACAUCAGCUGUCAGUAGCUGGAAAGAUAAAGAAGCAUUUCAACACAGGCCCCAAGCCGAACAGCACUGCAGCCGGAGUUUCUGUCAUAGCAACCACCGCUCUUGAUAAGGAGAGGCAGGUUUUCCGACGAAGACGCAACCAGGAUGUGAGGAGCCGGUACAAGGCGCAGCCAGCUCCGCCAGAACUCAACUCAGAAUCCGAAGACUACUCCCCAAGCUCCUCCGAGACUGUUCGCUCCCCCAACUCGCCCUUUUAAUGAGACCCUUUUACUUAAAGUCCUAGCUUAACCCUUUGAGACGUUAGAUUUUUUUUCCCCAAAAUUUCUGUAAAACAGUUUCAUCUGACCUAUCUAGCAUUCAAUGCUUGAAUGGCAGAACAGAGAGCGUGUUUGGGGUACUUUUGUAGUAAUUUCCCUUUUCUGAGUGAGACAACACUUGGUGUUGUGAAGGUGGUAAUUUGUCACUAAUAGGGUCCUCAAAGGGUUAAGGCUAACGUCCAAUUUUUUUUUAAACAUAGAAACAAUGAAUGUUUUCAUUGGUCAAGAUAGGAUCUGCAGUAUGUAAUAUAGCACAUGUUAACCCUCUGAGUGCAGAGAAUUUAGUUGAGAAUCUUUGCUGCGAAUCUUUCGGGCCUUUGAGUGUAGACACAUGUUUUUUGAUUUUGCUGCGGAUCAAGGAGUGCUAUUAAGAUGCUAAAAUGUCCAGACAAGAAAGGCAUCUAGAAUGAUAACUUGAUCGUUCUUUUCUGUGGGUUUAGAACAUGGCCAUUUUAUACUUCAGCCUAUACACCCCUUCUCCUUCACAAUCCUAUUAAAAAGGGAAUCAUUUUUCUUCAGUAUAACCAUCUGCUGCAGUGGGUUAUGCAUUCAGAAUGGGCUUGUGACAAACAGCCUGACCCAGGAAAUUGACAAUACAUCCUCCCCUGAAACUGUCUCCCCAGGAAGAUGUACUGAUGUUGCCCCAGAAAUGCUGCUUUCACAUUAGCUGCUGCUAGUGCCAGUGCAGACCCCAAGGCUUGUCUUGUGCGUGAUGAGUGAGGGUCUGUAUGGUCCGUAUCAGACAUCUACAGGAAAGAAGCAACCAGUUGAAAAGAGCAAUAAAUUGCCAGGUGCUCUAUGGGGCUGGAAUUUCAAAAGAAAGAGGAGUAAGCUCCUGUGCUUUUUUCUUACCUGCUUUUUCGUGAAACUGUGGUCCUGUGCAUGCAGCCCACAUGUAGUGUGAAAUCCACAUAUUGAAGAGCUGGGAUAGAGACAAGUGCUUUGCAAAGUGGCUGAAAAGAAAGCAUAGCAGAACACUAUCUAGAGUGAUUUUUAAGGAAAUAAACUAAUUACACUUUUUUCGGGUGGACCUGGGAAUUGAACCCAGAGCCUUUGGAGUGAGCUGCAUCUCAAGACCUUUUUUACUUUUAUUGUUUUGUUUUGAGACAAGAUCUUGCUAAGUCACUAAAUUGCUGGGACUG